CUCACUCCGCCCCCGCCCACGCGCUUCUCAGACUGGACGCGCACUGUUCAGCCGCUCCUCCAACAGCUGUGGAGUCCGGUCCUCUGUGGCAUCACGCAGUAACAACGGGCGACCAAUAGCCAAAAUGUGAGAAAGGCAAGCAGCCAUACGGCACUUUUUUUGAAAGUGGGUCGCGCAGUUGAGAAGCGGAUCGGUCUCCCCACGCGUGCGUAAAGUUGGUCGUGGCGCAGCGGGAGCUGUGUGCUGUGUGAGCCAAAGAGGACAGAAGUGAGUUAUUCUGCGGUGGAUCACACGUUUCCCCGGAUGCAAUGGAUUCGCCAGUGAAUCUUUGGCACGCACUGACAAGCUGAUGCUGCCGGGGGGGAACAAUCGCCUCGACUUCAACAGUUGGCCUCGUCUUUCCAGAGUCUGGCGACGGAGACGGACCGGAGCGCGCGGCGAGGCGGCAGAUGCUGGACAGACACUCAAAGCUCGUCAAUUGAAUUUGUCUGGAGCGCAGAAGAAGUAGGACAAAGCACUGUAACGCCGCCCAGCUUCUUCUUUUUCGUCAUGCGUAGGGACCGCUCGCCGUUUCAGUUCCAACGGGCCACUUUCCCUGAAAGCUGCAGCUAGUGGAAAGUUCUGUCGUUUACGCCCACUCCACUGUCCUUCCUCCGAUCAGCAUGACCGACCGUGUGCAGCCUGCUGCGGCCGACGGCUGCACGGACGGGGAGAGCAUCAACCUCAGCGUGCUCAACUGGGAGCAAGUGCAGCGGCUGGACGCCAUCCUCACCGGCUCCAUCCCCAUCCACGGCCGCUGGAACUUCCCGACUCUGGAGGUGAAGCCGCGCGACAUCGUCAAGGUGGUCCGCAGCCGCAUGGAGGAGAAGCGGAUCCACGUCCGGGAGGUGCGCCUGAACGGCUCCGCGGCCAGCUACGUCCUGCACGAGGACAGCGGCCUGGGAUGGAAAGACCUGGACUUGAUAUUCUGCGCCGAGCUGAAAGGAGAGAUGGAGUUUCGGAUGGUGAAAGACAUAGUCCUGGACUCUCUUCUGGACUUCUUGCCGGACGGAGUGAAUAAAGAAAAGAUCACGCCAGUGACCCUCAAGGAGGCCUAUGUGCAAAAGAUGGUGAAGGUGUGCAACGACUCCGAUCGCUGGAGUCUCAUCUCCCUCUCCAACAACCACGGCAAAAAUGUGGAGCUAAAGUUUGUGGACUCCCUUCGGCGGCAAUUUGAGUUCAGCGUGGACUCCUUCCAGAUCCGCCUGGACUCACUUCUCCUCUUCUACGAAUGCUCAGAGCACCCAAUGGCCGCCACUUUCCACCCAACGAUCCUGGGGGAGAGUGUCUACGGCGAUUUCCCCACCGCCCUCGAUCACCUGCGCAAGCGCCUGAUCUGCACACGGAGUCCCGAGGAGAUCCGGGGCGGGGGCUUGCUGAAGUACUGCCACCUCCUAGUGCGGGGUUUCCGUGCUGCUUCUGACUCUGAGAUGAAAAUGCUGCAGCGUUACAUGUGCUCGCGCUUCUUCAUAGACUUUCCCGAUGUAUGCGAGCAGAGGAGGAAGCUGGAGUCCUAUCUACAGAACCACUUUGUAGACCUGGAGGACAGGAAGUACGACUAUCUGGCCAUGCUGUACGAGGUGGUGCAGGAGAGCACGGUGUGCCUGAUGGGCCACGAGAGGCGUCAGACGCUCAGCCUCAUCUCGUCCCUGGCACUGCGGGUCCUGGCGGAGCAGAAUGCCAUUCCCAACGCUGCCAAUGUCACCUGCUUCUACCAGCCGGCUCCUUACGUCUCGGAUGGCAACUUCAGCAACUAUUACGUUGCGCAGGUUUAUCCCGUCUACGCUUGUCCUCCCUCGCCUCCUCAUGCAUAUCUUACUCCUCAGCAGCAUCCCAUGUACGCCACCUGGUUGCCCUGUAACUAAUCCCUGUGAACAUUCAUGCACUUUUGUGUAUGAGGUCGAGCACGUGCCCAAUUAAAAGGGAUCUUUUUAUCUCUUCCGAGAUGGGAAAGUGAGGGAAAUGAGAGAGGAAAUACUGGAGACAAAAUUAGACAGACAUUAGAACGCAGAUAAAACAUGACAAUAAAGGAAUUGGAAAGGAAAUGAGGACGAGGAGCCUGGAUCAAGGCGCUGGGCCAGAGGAAGGUCUCUUCCCUUGGGUAGGAUGCCACAGCUUGGAGGAGCUGAGCACACAGGGAGCGAUGCCAAUGAGACAGGCUGACCAUCAGUUUUAUGGUCCUUUCAUCAGGGGCCAAGAUCGAUUUGGUUGAAAAUCCCACAAGUCGAGCUCAGCCUCGGAGUCAUUGACACCCUGGAUGCAAUGACAUUUUCCUCCUGCGUCGUGAGUUACGACUCACAGGAUCUGAGAUAAAAAGAAGAUCAUCUUCACGUUACGAACUCACACACGGGCAUAGCCACUGAGAGGAACCAACGCACACGAUGCAACAAAGAUAUUGAACAUGAUGCUAUGAAGAUAUAGAUUUGUGAUCUGGCAACAGCAAACCUUUGACUUUUUACAUGUGCUCUGCUGAUUUUGUGUGUGUGUGGGUGGGUGGGGGAGGGGGGGCCAUGCAAAAAGAGGAACUGGAUACUGUUUACAAAUCCAAAGACCAACUUCAAUAUUCAAGUUUAUCUGAACUCUGACAAAAAAACAACAACAACAAAACAAUGCAUGCUUUAUUUCUGUACAGAAAUAAGUUUCUUUAAGUGCCUAUAGAUAAAGCCUAAAGGGAAGAGACACUUUUUUGUGAUCGUGCACAACUGUUGAGUCGUCUCAUUGAUUGAAUGUAUUGCCGAUCGGAGAGUUUACCAAUGCUGAGUAAGGUCUCUUACACUGAGAAAAGUAUCAGACCAACUUUUGACCAUGCUUAGUUGAAGCCUGCUCUUAUCUGCAGUCCUGCUGGACAAGCGCACAUCCUGAUUACCAAAGAGGAAGUAACAACAUAAUCUCAUCAUCUGUAGAAAGAAGGGUUGGGGGUGGCGGGGAGGGGGAGGGGGUUGGAUCAAAAAUGCUUAUUAGAGUGAAAUAGAUUGUUAUUGUGGGAGAAAUGUACGGCAAGAGAAAAAAGGGGUUGGUAUGGAGAACAAAUUGAUCUUCUCUGACUCUUUGCUGGACUGCAACAUAAGACGGACCAGUGCACAGCCUGAUGUAAUUCAAAACGCAGUUUGUCACAGAAUCAUUUUUUACCCAUAGUGGAUUUCAAAAUGCUAAUUCAUCACAUUUAAUUCUUAGAAGGUAUAUAUCAAAAUGAUACACGCUACAUGAAAUGCUUGAGUUUGACAUACACCAGCUAAAAUGCUAAUUGAUAAGUCAAUUUGAAAAAUACAACUCAAGCUGCUUACCUAAAGGUGCCCUGUGGAGUCUAUAGUCAGUGUUACACGCUGUGUAUCCUUAAGGUCUAAAAAGAAACAGCUCAGUGCACACUCCUCCUUAUAAAACAUUUGAGUUUUGGAAUAUUUUAAACCAUGCAUUGUUUACAUCAUUGUCCUUGUGGACCGAGACUCACUUGUAAAAGCAUUGCUCCACAGUGCCACAAGUGAUCAAAAACUCUACGGGACAGCUUUAAGUUUCAAAUACAUAUCAAACAGAAAGUGAAUUAGAUAUGCAAUGUGUUUGGAAUGCAUCUUAAAUCAGCAAUAACCAGAUUAACAUAAUUACAUUUAACAUAAAAAAGAUAUUAAUUAUAAUAUGACAUCAAAUGUAUACAAUUGUCAUUUUUCAACACAUGUUGUGUACAAAGGGAUUUUGAUAUGCUGUAUGCACUGUAAAAGACAAGUGAUUGCUUUCCAUGUGUACAAGAUGUGUGUUCAGGAUUUCCAUCUCCUGUAUUGGUGUCUGCAAAUAUCUGCAGACCUGCCAGCGAUGCAGCUAUGUUUGUCAGAGGGGUGGAGGUGGGAGUGUGUAUGCAGGCAGGCUGCGGCAGUGUACAAGCAUUAUAUCCGUCAACGGCGCCUCAGAUACUUAACGCACAAAGCCAGAAAAACUUUAACGAUGAAGUAAGCUCAACGAACAUCGGGCACUGCACAGUAUUUUUAGCCUCCCUUUUAUGAAAAAUAGCCACAGUUUGAGACUUGUGGAAAUUUGGCUGCAUAGGCAGCUGACAGAUGUCCGAUUUUGAAAUCUCUUCGUAGCAUGGAAAAGUACCACACACUGACCGUAACAAAGAAAAAAACAACAACUUUGAGCCCAGUUGAAGCCCAAUCACAUGGAUAUUUUUUGAAUGGCAUUAAGAGUUGAGCCAGGGUUUUUCUCAGCUUCGCGAGAGACUCAGCAUAUUCUCUCAAACAUGUUGUCGGAGCUCCAAAUUUUCUAUCGAUCUCUAUUUUUGUACAGUUUGUCUUUGGCUGAUUGUAGCAGGCAGAUUCAAAGCUGUGUCAUUGACAGUUUUUUUUUCCUUUUGUGUGGUGGUGUGGGGCAAUUCUGGGUUUAUUUGGGCUGAGGAGGAGCAGUGCAGGGGGACACAGUGGCUACACUGAGAUGCAGAUUUGACUUGUGACCGUUGGACGUGUGCUCUGAACUGUUUCCUAUGGAUUUCUGUUGCUCUAAAGAGAUUGUGUCACUGUUCUAUGUGUUUGUAACUGCCGUCCUGUUUGGACAUGGAAAAUAAUGAUCUGAAAAUUGUUUUACAAGUUUAUCAACUUGAUAAUUAAAAACAAAGAAAGACCACCAGA